UGCCUUUGGCCCCCACCCCCACGGGUCCCCGCGCUCCGUCCCCCUUCUAACUGGGGGACUCCGCGGGACUGCGUUCCCGGCGCGCACUCUACCCCUUGCCGCCCCCUCCCCCUCAUGUUGGACCUGACCUCCCGCGGACAAGUGGGGACGUCCCGGAGGCUGGCCGAGGCGGCGUGUAGCGCACACUUUCUGGAAACCACCCCUACUCCUAAUCCCCAGACUACGGAAGAGGAGAAAACGGAAUCUAAUCAGGAGGUUGCUAACCCAGAACACUAUAUUAAACAUCCUCUACAGAACAGAUGGGCACUCUGGUUUUUUAAAAAUGAUAAAAGCAAAACUUGGCAAGCAAACCUGCGGCUGAUCUCUAAGUUUGAUACUGUUGAAGACUUUUGGGCUCUGUACAACCAUAUCCAGUUGUCUAGUAAUUUAAUGCCUGGCUGUGACUACUCACUUUUUAAGGAUGGUAUUGAGCCUAUGUGGGAAGAUGAGAAAAACAAACGGGGAGGACGAUGGCUAAUUACAUUGAACAAACAGCAGAGACGAAGUGACCUUGAUCGCUUUUGGCUAGAGACAAGGUGGGAUCUUGCUGUGUUGCCUAGGUUGGUCUCAAACUCCUGGCCUCAAGUGAUCCUCCUUCAGCCUCCCAGAGUGCUGGAAUUACAGCUGCUGUGCCUUAUUGGAGAAUCUUUUGAUGACUACAGUGAUGAUGUAUGUGGCGCUGUUGUUAAUGUUAGAGCUAAAGGUGAUAAGAUAGCAAUAUGGACUACUGAAUGUGAAAAUAGAGAAGCUGUUACACAUAUAGGGAGGGUAUACAAGGAAAGGUUAGGACUUCCUCCAAAGAUAGUGAUUGGUUAUCAGUCCCACGCAGACACAGCUACUAAGAGCGGCUCCACCACUAAAAAUAGGUUUGUUGUUUAAGAAGACACCUUCUGAGUAUUCUCAUAGGAGACUGCGUCAAGCAAUCGAGAUUUGGGAGCUGAACCAAAGCCUCUUCAAAAAGCAGAGUGGACUGCAUUUAAAUUUGAUUUCCAUCUAAAUGUUACUAAGAUAUAAGAGAAGUCUCAUUCGCCUUUGUCUUGUACUUCUGUGUUCAUUUUUUUUUUUUUUUUUUUUUUUUGGCUAAAGUUUCCACUAUCCCAAUCAAAGAAUUACAGUACACAUCCUCAGAAUCCAUAAAUGUGUUCCUGGCCCACUCUGUAAUACUUCAGUAGAAUUACCAUUAAUUACAUACAGAUUUUAUCUAUCCACAAUAGUCAAAAAACAACUUGGCAUUACUAUACUUUACAGGAAAGAAAAUUCUGUUGUUCCAUUGUAUGCAGGAGCAUAUUUUGCUGGUUUGAAAGAUUAUGAUGCAUACAGUUUUCUAGCAAUUUUCUUUGUUUCUUUUUACAGCAUUGUCU